UUUUCUGUAGAUGCCAAUUAAGGAAGCCUGUCAUGUUGCUUUGCAAAGAAUCCAUCCAAGUAAACAUAGGCUGUGGAAACAUGCUGAAGCUCGGCAGAAUGACAAAGGAGGAAAUCCAACUGCUGUCUUGCAAAUCGUAUCAUUUGGAUCAGAAUUGAGCAAUCGAGGCCCAACAUUUGACAUGGAUUUGUCUGAUUUUAUGGAAGAAGGCAAACCAAUCACAUAUGAGAAAGCAAAGAAAUACUUUGCUCAAGAUCCUUCCCAAAAGUGGGCAGCAUAUGUAGCAGGUUUCUAUUUUGGUCUAAUGACUGAAUUGGGUGUUCGAUUUGAAGAUAGUAUAAGCAUGCUGGUUUCAUCUGCAGUUCCAGAAGGGAAAGGUGUAUCAUCUUCUGCCUCUGUGGAGGUUGCUAGUAUGUCUGCUAUUGCAGCUGCUCAUGGGUUAAAUAUCAGCCCAAGGGAACUGGCCAUACUCUGCCAGAAGGUGGAAAACCACAUUGUAGGAGCUCCUUGCGGAGUCAUGGACCAGAUGGCUUCAGCAUGCGGUGAAGCCAACAAACUUCUUGCUAUGGUUUGCCAGCCUGCGGAAAUUAUUGGUCUUGUUGACAUUCCCAGCCAUAUCCGUUUCUGGGGAAUUGAUUCUGGAAUAAGACACAGCGUUGGAGGUGCAGACUAUGGUUCUGUUAGAAUUGGCACCUUUAUGGGUAUGAAGAUGAUAAAGGCCAAGGCUUCUGAGGAAUUGUCCAAGAGUUGUGCUGCUAAUGGGUUGAACUAUGAUGAAGUGGAACAAGAUGAUCUAGAACUACUCAAACAAGAAGCCUCCUUAGAUUACUUAUGUAAUUUGCCACCUCAUAGAUUUGAGGCUCUUUAUGCUAAGUCUCUUCCAGAGUCCAUUGUUGGUGAGACAUUUUUAGAGCAACAUGAAAAUCAUAAUGAUCCUGUCACUAUUAUUGAUCAGAAGCGUACUUACGUAGUUAAAGCUCCCACAACGCAUCCAAUCUAUGAAAACUUCCGAGUCAAGACCUUCAAGGCACUUCUAUCAUCUGCAUCUUCAACCUAUCAGCUUGCAUCCUUAGGAGAACUACUAUAUCAGUGCCACUACAGCUACAGUGCUUGUGGACUUGGCUCUGAUGGAACAGAUAGGCUUGUACACUUAGUGCAAGAGUUGCAGCACAGUGCAGAAUCUAAAUCUGAAGGUGGGAUUUUAUAUGGAGCCAAGAUAACUGGUGGUGGUUCAGGCGGAACAGUUUGUGUAAUUGGUAGAAACUGUCUCAAGAGCAGUGAACACAUUUUUGAGGUUCAGCAGAGAUACAAGAAAGCUACUGGUUAUAUGCCUUUUCUUUUUGAGGGUUCAUCACCAGGUGCUGGAAAAUUUGGGUACCUGAAAAUACGCCGUCGAGCUGCCCCAAAAAAGGCUAAUACGGGUGAUGAUGAUGCUGCAGUCACAGUGGAAAAUAGCAGUUGAUCAUGGCUUAUAGUCCAGUACCUUAGGAAUUCUUACCUUCACUAUCUUUCACGGAAUA